AUGCGGUCCGGUGGCUUCGGUCACGGGAGGGGCAGUGCGACUCGUACUGCUCCAACAAGCGGUGCUUCGCGAACGAGUGGUGCAAAUGUAGCGACUGCCGUUGCAACCAAGGCAGCACUUCCAGUGAGGUCCAGCAGCUCUGAUGACGCGCCGUCAAGCAACGCCACGUGGAGAGGUGACGUGGCAGGCGUUCAGGCGGAGGCAGAGGAGCUGCUGGCGCGGAACACGGAGCUGCGCCGUGCGCUGGGGAAGCUGCGGCAGACGGUGAUGCUGGAAGCAAGGACACGCAUGGCUCAGCUGAAAAGCAUUCUCAAGGAGAUCAAGUUGGUACAGGACCAGCGUGCUUUGACCUACCAUGUGGACGACAGGCACCUGCCAUCACCCCCGCCAGAGCUGAAGGAGAUAGCUGCACUGACUGCGAGGCGGCGGCCGGAUGUGGAUGCCAAGGAGGAGGAGCUGGUAGUGAGAGCGCAGGUGGGUGGAUGCGAGGCUGUGUGCGUGUGGGUGCUUGCAUAUGCCGAGGACAGGCACCUGCCAUCGCUGCCGGCAGAGCUGAGGGAGAUUGCUGCACUGACAGCGAGGAGGCGACUGGAUGUGGAUGCGAAGGAGGAGGAGCUGGUGGCGCGAGUACAGACCAAGGAGGAGGAGCUGGUGGCGCGAGCACAGGUGCGGGUGCUGUCUCUGCGCGAGGAGAUAGAGCGGGCCGUGCAUGCUGACCUGCGGCUCAGCUUCUCGCGCUGCGCUGCUUCUCUGCAGCACACCCAAGAGGCUCAACAGGCGCACACACAAGCCAUGCAAGCAUACAUGGCAGCGCACGCCACACUCGCCCUCCGCCUCAUGGCUCUAUCAGUGCUCAAGCAGCCAGGCAGCGCAGAGAAACUUCAGCAAUUGAGGGAGCAACCCAACCUGCUCUUCUCGCCUGCUGCUAGAAAUGCCUUCCUCUCCUCCCUUGAUGCGCCCGCAGAAGCAUCACUGUGGGCGGAUCUGCUCUUCUCCCAGAAGCAUCACUCAGAAGCAUCACUGUGGUCGGAUCUCCUCUUUUCUGCAUCCCACUUCCCCUCCAUAUUCCUCUCUACCGACCACCACCCCUCGCGCAUCUCAUCCAUGCAAAGCUUAGUUAACGCCCAGAACGGCACAGUUCUGGCGCGUAAACUGCGCACCGACCACGCUGCUGCUGCAGUGAAGGAAGCCAAGGGGAAGCUUCCUGAGCUGUGCCACGUCAGCGCCUCAUGGGUGAGCCCCGAGGGUGCUGACGUGUCUCCGUGCACGCUGGCCAAUCGGAUAUCAGAAGAAGCGCGUGGAGGAAAGAACGGAACAAGCAUGGACAGCAGAGAGACAGAAGGAGGAGCGGGGAUGGAGAAAAGCAACGAAAGGAAGGGAGAGGCUUCAAAAGUAGAAGCAGCAGCAGUGGCAGGGGGAGAUGGUGGGGCUAAAGAUUCAGAACAUACGAGAGAUUCAGGCCCCCUAUCAGAGCCCUUAGCCCCCUCUGCUCUGUGGCGACAACCCCUAUGGGACCUCUCCUUUCCCACCCAUCCCUCCGCCUUCCCCACGUUUCCUCACUCCUACGCCUUCAAAUCUCCUGCCUCCUCUCCGUUCUCUUCCUCCCUUUCCUCCCCCUUCUCCUCCUUACUCUCGUCGGCAUCUCUACUGGAGGCUACAUCUGGGGAAUCUAUAACUGGGCAAUCCUCUACUGCUGCUACAGAUGCUGCUACAGGUGAUGCUCAUACCCACUCCCAAUCAGCCAAAUCUCCAGGUUCAUCCAGCGCCAGCUCAUCCACCGAAUCUGCCACGUCAUCACCCGCCACGUCAGCAGCUGCAGUGAACAUUUCCUUCCUCAUCUACACUUCGCCGCCCACCACAGCCGCCCUAGAUCUCGUCUCGAAGCUGUACGAGUGCACACACGGGCGGCUGAGGGCUGGCAGCAUAGGUGGGCGGCUGGGAGGACUCACCUCUGAAGCCAUAGUGCUUCUGGAUGGCCCAUCCAUUCCCCUGCACCACGCCUCUGCCAUGGUCCACCGUGGGAAAACAGCGGGUGCGGGUGGGAGCGGCAGUGGGGAUAAUAGCAGCAGCAGCAGCAGCAGCAGCAACAGCAGCAGCAGCAGCAAAGGCAUACCAGGCACAGUGCCGGGAUUCGAAAAGUACUACAACCCUGCGGAUUGGAUCCAAGCGACCCGCCGAACCUCCCCAGGUUCGUUCCUCACACACAUCCUCGCGCCAUCCCGCAUGGGUGCCGCCCGAGCCUACAACCUCCUCUCCCUCCUUGCCCGAGGCUCCAUCCUCAUUCUCCUAGCGGGCGGCGAUCUGCCACCCGAUUCCUGCGAUUGGGCAGCGAAUCUCGUCGUGCCUUUUUCGGCGUGGCCCCGGCUGGGGAUUGCAGGGCAUUCGAUGGGGAAGAUGGGGCUGAGGAACGUUCCAGGAAGCCUGCAGCUGGGGGAGGUGCGGAGCGCGGGGGAUCAGUUUUGGAACAGGUUGAGAGAUCCGGUGACAGGGGUGAGGAUGAGCUUUGUUCUUGGGACGGUGACAGGGCCAAUGGCGGCGAGGCGGGACGUGUUUGUCAAGGUGGGGGGGUUCAGUGCGGUUGAUGGAGGUAUAGAUGCGCUAUCGGAUUGGGACCUCUGCCAGCAUGUGUGGCUCUCAGGCCAUCAGGUUGCGUUGGUGUAUCAAGAACCAGAGCUUCGCUUUAAAGCCACUGAUGAGGUGACCAGAAGCCGCUCCGAUAGUAUCCCGCAAGACGCCUCCGCGGACAGAUUCGCUUCCCCCGGGGGGUUCCGCCGGCAGCGCCACGACUCCAUCGGGGGAGGCAUCCCUGGCGCGGGGGGGAUGCGCCAGAUGCUCACUCCAGGCAGCGCCGCUGCAGCAGCCGCGCGGCAGCGGCGCAUGUCCGUCCAAUUCGCGUCAGGCUUCUCAAAACCCACGGGAUUGCAGCUGCCAGGGUCCGUGGGGCAAGGCGGGCCCAUGACCCCCACCGCUGGAGGCAACACCACCACUACUGCGACUAAGAAAGUGCAGAAAUCGAUGAUGAUGUGCAUGGAUCCGACGUGUAACGCGUGCCCGCCUGAAAUGCAUGCUCUGCGGAAUAAGAAGCUCAUGGCUCAGGGGCACAGGAUGAUUGUGCGCUUCUGCAGAAUCACCUGCUUCACGUACACCUCCAAGUUGCAUCCCAACUUCCCGCCAAAGCGCAAGAAGCGCAAGUCACGGUGGACCAAGGCGUGGGAGGACGUGCAGGACUUUUUUCAGCCCGUCAGCAUGCUGUGGCAGCCAUGGGGCAUCCUGAACCCACACUCCAAGUUCAUGGCGCGGUGGAACAAGGUGUUCAUGGUGGCAUCCAUUCUUGGAUUUACGAUUGAUCCCUGGUUCCUCUUCACCCUGCAGGCGCUGAAUCAAGUGGCGCCCCAGCCGCAUAUCCCCUCCUUCACUGCUUACGUUGAGUCAACUCAAACCAUCCUUCUCCACCCUGUGCCCACCUGCCACCGCCAGGCCAUGCUGUGCCUCACUCUGGACUGGGCGGCAGCCAUCACCUUCACUGCUUUUUGUGGCCAUGCUGUGCCUCACUCUGGACUGGACGGCAGCCAUCACCUUCACUGCUUUUUGUGGUUCAGUAAAGCAACCUCCAAGCAUCAUCAGGCCAUCAUCAAGCCAUCCCUCCCCACCCUGUCCUCCCCCCGCCAGGCCAUGCUGUGCCUCACUCUGGACUGGACGGCAGCCAUCACUUUCACUGUGCUGCGCUCCUUUGUGGACCUCUGCUACGUCAUUCAAAUCGUCGUUCAGUUCCGCAUGGCCUACAUCGUGCCGCCCCCCACCAACCGCAAGAACCGCUUCUUCCGCCGCUGGUGGGCCGACCGCUCCCUGCAGAGCCCAGGCGACCUCGAGUUUGACGCACGGGUCAUUGCCAGCCGCUACCUGCGCUCCUGGUUCCUCAUUGACGUGCUGGCCGCUCUCCCUAUCCCUCAGAGCCCGGGCGACCUUGAGUUUGACGCGCGGGUCAUUGCCAGGCGCUACCUGCGCUCCUGGUUCCUCAUUGACGUGCUGGCCGCCCUGCCCAUCCCCCAGAUAGUGAUGCUGGUGAUAGUGCCAAUGAUGGGCCGUUCAGUCCCCUCCAACACCGGAGUCGCCAUGACAGUGCUCUGCCUCGCAGCCCUCUUCGCUCAGAACGUCCCCCGCGCCAUCCGCUUCUUCCCCAUCCUCUCGGGCAACGGACCGCACGUCACCGGGCUCGUGUUUGAGACGGCGUGGGCGAAUUUCCUCAUCAACUUUGUGUUCUACCUCAUGGCGUCUUACAUUCCCGAGUACAUGUACUGUGUCGACCAAAACGCCAUCGCCUACCAAAUCGCAGCUUCUCCCCGGCUGUCCUUCCUUCCCACAUACAUCCCCUCUCCUCUCUCCCUGCAGCGCUUCACAACGUGUAUGGCAGGCCAGUGUGCCACUCAGGGCGAUGCCUGUCAGCCCGAGUACAUGUACUGUGUCGACCAAAACGCCAUCGCCUACCAAAAUACAGCAGCAGAGGCCGCCUGGGCCGCAGGCCCUGCCAGCGCGUGCCUGGUGCUGGACAAUCCGAGCAGUGACGCCCUGCCUUCCCCAAUCGAUUAUGGCAUCUUCACCAAUGCAGUCCCGCUCGUGGUAGAAGGGGCGUUCCUCUCCAAGGACAUCUACUCCUUCUGGGGCUUCCAGCAAGUGAGCACACUAGCAGGCAACUUGGAGCCGUCUAGGUGGGAUCCUGAGGUGCUCUUUGUCAUCCUUGUUAUAGGGCUGGGGCUCGUGCUGCUCGCGCUGCUUAUUGGCAACAUCUCCAACUUUCUACAAGCACUCAGUAGAAGGUCCUUCGAGUACCAGUUGCAACGACAUGACAUUGACUCGUGGAUGGAGAGACGCAACCUGCCCCUCAGCCUCCAAAAGCGAGUGCAGAAGCAGCAGCGGCUGCACUGGGUGGCAACGAGGGGAGUGGAGGAGGCGGAGGUGUUGGAUAAGCUGUCAGACGACAUUCAGACGGAUGUGCGCCGCAGCCUGUGUCUCGAGCUGCUGCAAUGUUGUGUGAGUGUGAGUGCUGGAGUGAGAGGGGGGGGAGUGGAGGAGGCGGAGGUGCGUCGCAGCCUGUGCCUUGAGCUGCUGCAGUGUGUGAGUGCGGUAGUGUGGAUGGGAGAUUCGUAUGCGAGUGCUGUGUCGGCCUUGUUUUUCGCCAUGGAGCCGCAGGUGCUGGACGCGUUUUGUGAGAAGCUGCGGCAGCAGCUGUACAUAGAGGGCACCGUCAUCCUCAAGGAGGGGUACCCCGUGUCGCGCCUCUUCUUUGUGCUGCGCGGCCAGCUCGAGAGCUACACCACCAUCGGCGGGCGUGCGGGGUUUGUGGACAGCGUGCUGCUGGGGAAGGGUGACUUCCUGGGGGAGGAGCUGCUGGUGGAAUACCUCGAGAAGCUGUCGGAUGGCAACAAGAGCCGACGCUCAGGAACCCAGAUUCGCUACCUGGGCCGAUGGGAGGAGCUGCUGGUGGAGUAUUUUGAGAAGCUGUCGGAUCGGGAUAAGAGCCGGCGACCUGGCACCCAGAUUCGCUACCUGGGCCGAUUAGUGCCCUCCAGGUUUGUGGACAGUGUGCUGCUGGGGAAAGGGGACUUCCUGGGAGAGGAGCUGCUGGUGGAGUAUCUUGAGAAGCUGUCGGAUGGGAACAAGAGCCGGCGCUCAGGCACCCAGAUUCGCUACCUGGGCCGAUGCCGACUUGGGUUUGUGGACAGCGUGCUGCUGGGGAAGGGGGACUUCCUGGGAGAAGAGCUGCUGGUCGAAUACCUUGAGAAGCUGUCGGACGGCAACAAGAGCCGACGGUCGGGAACCCAGAUUCGCUACCUAAACCAAUGGUGGGUUGGGUUUGUGGACAGCGUGUUGCUGGGGAAGGGGGACUUCCUCGGGGAGGAGCUGCUGGUGGAGUAUCUUGAGAAGCUGUCGGAUGGCAACAAGAGCCGGCGGCUCUCAGGCACUACCAUCCGCUACCUGGGCCGAUCUGUCACGAUGGGUGCGAGUGCUUCAGCGUCAGCAGCAGCACUGGGCACUUUGGCGAUCGACGUGCUGCCAACGGCGCAGCGCACGGUGCGGUGCAUCGGGCCCGUGGAGGGCUACGAGCUGGAAGCCACCGAUGUGGCUGUGGUGUGCCGGCAGUUUGCCCGCAUGCUCGCCACCAGCAAGAUCCAGGCGGCUCUCAAUUCCUGUCUGCCCCCACCCUUCCGCUCACCCGUUUCUCUUCCCGCCCCCUCCCCCCCCCAGUGA